AUGCCAAAGAAGGUCAAUGAAUCUGAUAAUAAACUUGAAUUGUCUAUUACGUUACCUUAUUUUGGGGUUUGGAUAAGCAAACCAUUAUCUGAAAAAUGUGUGCCUGCAGUCGAGGUAUUUGCGCAUUCACUCAGAUUACCUGGGAGCAGACCGAGCAAUUCGCUCCUUACCAGGAGAUUUGAUUCAUUCAUUGCGAAUAACAACCAUCGCAGCUACUUAAACAACUAUAAAGUGAGCAAAAAAACCCCAAAGCAUGAUUCAGAAUACAAGAUAUCGCAUGAAACGACCAGAAGAUCGUCACUGUAUGCCUUUGGCUUUUUGAAGAAUCUGUUUAGUAGCAACGUUCCUGGCUGGUAUGUUCCGCCAAUACCGGUGGGAGAACGAGCUUCUGUUACACUUCGAAAGAGAGGUCCUUUACAAACAGAAGAGGAGACACAAAUGUUAUUCCAUCUGCUUGGCUUAUCAGAAGAUGCAACGAUACAGGAUGUUGGAGAGGCAUACAUGAAUGUAGUCGAUGUACUUCCUGAAGACCUUCAUGAGGGUCUGAAACAUUCACUUGAAGAAUAUCUCAGAAAACAUCUCGUCACACUGUUCGAACAUAUGGAAGCCCAAAUGGACAAGGGACCAGAAGCAUGGACGGAAUUUUGGAAUCCGGAAAAGGAUCUAUUAGGGAAUCCUGUCACUCAAACAAAGGAGGAACUAGAAAAGGAAGAAAAGGCGUUCCUAGAAGCAAUUCCUAAUAUAAAAAUGGAUAAAUUUCUAAAGUAUUGGGAUGAACAAAACUCUAGAUUUAACAGGGUUGCGAAUGCCAUAGAUUUACCAACAUUGAUACGUUUUUCUAGGAACAAGAAAGAGAAGUUUUUAAAGUGUUUGGUUACUAUGGUUCCAGUUAUGUUUGCUGGACUAUUUCCAAAGUUUAGUUCGCUUUCAACCGCCAUUGAAGCUCUUUUUGCUUCCAAAUUCAUUUAUAGCGGUAAUAAUUCGCAUGAGGAAGAGGAACCUGAUAGAGAUGCAAAGAUGAAUAAUUUGCAAAAAAAGACAAGGUCCACUUCAACAAAAUCCCUAGUUACCUUGGCUGUAAUAUUUGCUCACAGCAUGAUUGGACUUUCUGUUUCAACACUUAUUCAGCUAUACACAAACAUUUCUGAUUUCAUCUCUCCGCAAAUUUUGAACACAUUGUUGAUAAAUUUCCACAUUAUAGUUUCUGCAAUUCUAUAUGACACUAGCGACUUACCUUUUUCAGAACAGCUUAGAAUAAAUCAGGAAAAAGUUUCAUCUAUAAAUGAUACUAUUGGCGAUAUAAAGUUUGAAUAA